AUGUGGUGUUUCGUGACUGGACGGUGUGCUCCACUUUGGGGGGUUAACACAAACAGCACUUCGGUGACAGCUCGGUCUCGAUGGAGGACGGCUGUCUGCGGCGGCCAGCAGCAGAGGUGCACAAGACGCACAAAGCUGGCAUCGAGGCGUCCCUGCCGGGCUAGCGCUAGUGACCCGAACUUCUGGCGAGACGUGGCGCGCUCAGUGUCCGAGCAGGGCGAGCUGGCGACUUCGCGAGCUCCUGUGCGUCGAGAGCGACCUCCUCCGCAAUGGGUGGCGCCGCCGCCCGGCUUUGAACUCGAUACGAGCGGCGAAAGCAGUUCGACUUGGGCUUCAUGGCGCGCGGCGGCAGAGGCAGCGCAAGCCGAGCAAGAGGCGGUGCAAGAGCGGCUUGAGCGUGGCGAACCUGUGCGUGAUAUGACCGCUGAACGAAACUUCUGGCGGAGCGCAGCGGCUGAACUAGGCGCACCGUUGGACCCCGGCAGAACGGCAGCCGAGCUACGCACUGCAGCAGGCGGGUUGGCGGAGCGUCCUUCGGAGCAUAAUCGCAGCGAAGAGAUUGGGAGCAUCGAUUCGAACAUUCCUGAAUCGGAUGAGGAGUGGGACCCCGACACCUCCUGGAUGCAAAUGUAUGCGUCAGACGCUGUUGAAUUCGUUUCGGGAACCGAAUCUGCUGAUGAUAAUCUUCAAGGGACACUUUGGGGCGCCGCUCUGGGAUCCGAGCAAGCAGCACGCGAACGUUCAUCCACAUCCUUGCAGUCGUUAUCCGCAGAAUGGGACACGAAGGAGCGCAUUCCUGAUUCCGGGGCAGAAGCUGCAGACGAGGAGGAAACCUUGGAGCCGCGCGAUCCGAAGAAGGAGACAGCAUUCUGGCGGGGUGCGGCCCAGGAGCUGCUUGGGGCAUCCACGGGAGCUACGUCGGAUGCGUUCGCGACUCGCUCGACCACGUCGCACAGCGCAGACGGGAGUGCCACGCAGGACUCCGAAGAGGAAACCUGGGAGCCGCGCGAUCCGAAGAAGGAGACAGCAUUCUGGCGGGGUGCGGCCCAGGAGCUGCUUGGGGCAUCCACGGGAGCUACGUCGGAUGCGUUCGCGACUCGCUCGACCACGUCGCACAGCGCAGACGGGAGUGCCACGCAGGACUCCGAAGAGGAAACCUGGGAGCCGCGCGAUCCGAAGAAGGAGACAGCAUUCUGGCGGGGUGCGGCCCAGGAGCUGCUUGGGGCAUCCACGGGAGCUACGUCGGAUGCGUUCGCGACUCGCUCGACCACGUCGCACAGCGCAGACGGGAGUGCCACGCAGGACUCCGAAGAGGAAACCUGGGAGCCGCGCGAUCCGAAGAAGGAGACAGCAUUCUGGCGGGGUGCGGCUCAAGACAUCAUCGAGAGCCUUCCGACACAAAUCGAACUCGGUGUGGAUGCACAGUCAAGCGCCAGCACUCCCGCCGUUCCCGAUGCGCAUGCCGGAACUGGUGAUCCCGACGUUACAGCCGAAGAGCCCGUAGGCCCAGCUGAAGCCUGGGCUGCCUGGCGUGCCGCCCGAGCUUCUUCUAAGAACGUGUCCGCUUUACCCGCUCCUGUGGCUGAGACGCACCCAGAACCUCUUUCUGAAACAGAGAUCUGGAUUCAGUGGCGAGAACAGCAAAGAAAAACCUGGGCAGGAGCCCUCAACGACCUGAACCGUAACCGUCCGCGAGAACAGCAAGUUGCGCGACCCGAGAAAAGCACCGUUGAUCGCUGGCGCCAUGUUGCCGCAGAACUAUCACAAGACAGCCCACAAAGCGAGGAGAACUCAUAA